UAGAGUCCCACAUUCCUCUCAUUAAACCGGGACCAUGAAGUCUGAUAAUGGUGUCAAUAACGUUAGCAUCAGCACUGAGGUCUUCAAUGAAGUUGGCUUCGGCGACCAGCAAGAAGAUCCUCCCACCUUCACGAAUGGCAUCAACCAACCUCUUACUGAACAAGCUGUGCCAAAAUUAGUUGGCUGGAAGCAGAAAUGUGCCAGCUAUGUCCUGGCCUUGCGUCCCUGGAGCUUCAGCGCCUCCCUAACCCCUGUGGCAUUAGGCAGUGCCCUCGCUUACCGCUCAGACGGCUCUCUGGACCUUGUGGUGUUCCUGAUAUGCGCUGUGGCCGUCCUAGCCGUGCACGGGGCCGGGAACUUAGUGAACACUUACUACGACUUCUCUAAAGGCAUCGACCACAAGAAAAGUAACGACAGGACUCUGGUUGACCAGAUCUUGAAGCCGCAGGACGUGGUCCGUUUCGGGGUUCUCCUCUACACUCUGGGAUGUGUAUGCGCUGGCUGCUUGUAUUUCCUGUCUAAGCUGAGGCUGGAACACAUGGCGCUUAUAUAUUUCGGAGGGUUGUCCAGUUCAUUCCUCUAUACUGGAGGAAUUGGAUUUAAGUACGUGGCUCUGGGAGACUUGGUGAUCCUCAUAACAUUCGGGCCCCUGGCAGUCAUGUUUGCUCACGCAGUGCAGGUCGGUUACCUGUCCAUCACUCCUUUGCUGUAUGCGGUGCCGCUGGCUCUGAUCACAGAAGCUAUCUUACACAGCAACAACACCCGGGACAUGGACUCAGACCGUCAGGCUGGCAUAGUGACCCUGGCCAUUCUCAUCGGCCCCAUGCUGUCUUACAUGCUCUACAACCUGCUCGUCUUCCUCCCGUAUGUCAUCUUCUGCAUUCUGGCCACCCGCUACACCAUCAGUAUGGCCUUGCCCCUCCUCACCAUCCCCUUGGCAUUUUCUCUGGAGAGACAGUUUAGAAGCCAGAACUUCACCAGGCUCCCGCAAAGAACGGCCAAACUCAACCUAUUUGUUGGGCUCUUUUAUGUGUUUGGCAUCAUCUUGGCACCAUCCUGGACCCUCCCUAAACUCUAG